AUGGCACGCUCUUCUCGCGCCUGGAAUGGCCCCAAGCCCGUUUCCAUGUUUGAACAUCCAGAGAGCCCUGCAAGUCGGAGCUGGUAUCUCUGGAUAUUAGCUUGCACUCGAUUCAUUCAAAAGAUUCCGAACCUCGAAUUAUGCAUAUAUGAGAAGAACGCUGAUAUCGGGGGCACUUGGUUCCAGAAUAGAUACCCUGGUUGCGCGUGUGAUAUCCCCUCUCACACAGACCAAGCCAGCUUCGAGCCCAAUAAAGAAUGGUCCUCUUUCUACGCCCCCGCCACAAAAAUUCACCAGUACUGGAAACGAGUAGCCGAGAAGUAUGACUGCAUGAAGCAUAUCAAGUUGAGCCAGGAGAUAUUGAAAGCAGAAUGGGACAACAACUCAAAGUGGCUACUGAAUGUCCAUGAUCUUGAAAGUGGCUCCACAUACCAAGAUCAAUGCGACCUCAUUAUUCAGGCAGUUGGCUCUUUGAACAGUUGGAAGUGGCCCAAUAUUAAUGGUCUUGAAAAUUUCAAGGGCAAGUUGAUGCAUAGUGCCGGAUGGGAUAAUGAUCAUGACUAUGAGGGUCAGCACAUUGCUGUAAUUGGAAAUGGGACAAGUGGAAUUCAAAUCGUUCCUAGCACAUUGCCCAAAGUAGCACAUAUUGACCAUUACAUGCGUACGGCUACUUGGAUCGCCCCAGAGACAAGCAAGUGGCCAACUCGAGAAACUGAGAAUAGAUGCUGGAAACUUCCAUCAGAUGUGUUCACAGCAAAAGAAAUUGAAAACUUCAAACAUGAUCAUGAUGAGUACCAACCCUUCCGAAAAGACUUCGGGACUCAAUACGAUAUCGAAUUCGAGGUACAAUCCACGCACUCAGGCACUAUUAUCGGCACACCUACGCAAAUGAGCCUCAUUUCACACAUCACCGAGCUUAUGAAGCGUCGCUUGACGAAAAAGCCGGAACUACUAAGCGAACCUAUUCCGGAUUAUCCACCCAUGUGCCGUCGUCUAACUCCAGGACCAGGGUAUCUGGAGGCUCUUACAGAUCCGAAGGUUGACUUGAUCAAAACCGAAAUUAUCCAAGUCGACGAGACGGGCAUACUCACGGCCGAUGGACAGCACAGACCAGUCGACAUGAUAGUCUGUGCCACGGGCUUUGACACUUCUUACACUCCCCGAUUUCCAAUUCAAGGCCGUUGGUACACAGGUGGGAAGGAAGAGGGGCAAAUCACAGCUCUUUGGCCAGGUUCAUCCCUUCAUGCUAUGAAGGUGCUUUCGAAUCCUCGCUGGGAGGAUUUCGACUAUGAGUAUCUUCAUGACAAUCCACUCGGUUGGCUUGGGGAUGGCUGGACGGAAAAAGAGAAAAUAAUACGGUCAACGUGGAUUACCUCGAGGAUGCUCAAGCUGACUUCCCCACUUCGUAUUGAACCCCCUAACGCCCGCAAUACCAAUACCGCCUCAAGUGCUCCCCUGCAUCCUUCCCUUUCCUCCCCAGACUCGAUCCUUUCCCUUAUCACCCCCGGAUCUCCUCCCCGAUGGGCCACCAUGAAGCCCGCCGAGAAGCAUUUUCGCUGUACGAUCUGUCAGCGGGGCUUCACGCGCAUUGAUCAUUUGAAAAGACAUCAUCUGAGACAUUCCGGUCAAAAACCAUACUCCUGCGUCUUUUGCAACGAGUCGUUUGCUCGAUGUGACAAUCUUCGAGACCACUAUGGGGAUUGUGCCCAGCGGGGAGACCGCCAGAUCCCCGAAACCGGUCAGAGGGGUCGCCGUCGCCAUGCAUGUCAAUCGUGCACCUCUAUGAAGCUUCGCUGCGACGGCCAGAGCCCCUGUGGAUCUUGCGUAAAACGAAACCUUCCCUGCAACAACGAACGACUCUCCCAUGGACAGCUCCCUGGCCUUGACGAAGGCUCGCCUUCGGCGAGGGGCGAAAAAUACCCUGAACAAUCCGACCGUGGAUCAAUCAAGUUUCUUUUAAACGGUGGAACAGACACGUUCACAGAACACUGGAGCCUCCCUCCAAGAGGCGACCGCACACGAAGUCUAAUGUACCAUCACAAUCAUCAACAACGGGAAAUGGAGGACGCGACAGCUGGAGCACUUCCCUACCCGGUAGAGGAUAGCCGGCCGGAGUAUAGUACCGCGAUGGUGGACCCGGAUCCGAAUACGAUGCAAUUUUUCUCCCAAAACACAAACACGUUCAUCGACUUUUUCAAUACGCCUUUCGGCGAACAGAAGCCCCUUGAAGAAACAUUCACCGGCCAGAUUCCUUAUGCGAGUGGUAUUCCACCUACACAAGAUUCCUGCCUCGGCAUAUCGCCUGAACAAGAGGUGUUCGACCCUGAACCCGAACGCCCAUUCGCCUUGGCUUUGAUCCAAGCCAUUUUAGCUCGAGCAUGGACCUUGCCCUUAGACUCUAAAGCUCAAGAAGAAAUAUCGACGAAUCUCAAUUUGGUGCUUACUACUUCACGCAUUAGGAAGUUCAUCUCCUUAUACUUCAAGAAUUGGCAACCAAGUUGUCCGAUGAUUCAUAUUCCCUCGUUUGACCCCGAGCUCGUAUCUUUACCGCUUCUGGCUGCGGUUGUUUUCAUGGGGGCUAUGUAUAGCCAUGACCUCAGGGAAGUUUAUAUGGCCAAGCGAGUUGUCGACUUCGUUGAACUCUUUAUCUUCUCCACGGAUAUAUACUCUCCAGAUAACGAGAUUGCGAGCACGUUUUUGGGCACCCGAAAUAUUGAGGAUGAUGCGAAUGAUUGGAUGAAGUUUCAAAACUUCCAGGCUGGAUUCAUCAUAAUUCUCGUUCAAUUCUGGUCUGGAAAUGUUGCAAGUCGAUCGCGUGUGAUGGAGAACCGCUUCAGUGAAGUUGUCAAGAUAUCCCGACGUCUUGGUCUUGUUAAGUGCCGACACAUGUCACAUGAACAAACCAGCGAAACACUAUGGAUUCAAGUGGAGUCUCGAAUUCGCACAAUGUCUAUAAUAUCCUUACUGGACUGCGCAUUUUACUUCUACCAAAACUACCCAUACCGAUACGGCAUCUAUGAAAUGGAGUUGGAUUUUCCAUGCGAUCAAUCGAUCUUCCAAGCGAAGCAUCCGUUUUCAGAGCCAAACUUCCGCUUAUCCCGCCAUAUCAGUUUAUACCAAGCCUUCCAGAAUCUUUUCCUCCCUCCCUCAGAGGAAUCCUUCGGGCAAUCACCCGAGUAUGUCCCGCUAGAUCUGACUAUUUUCGACAUGUUCAUGCUUAUACACGUCCUGUUUGCUUUUAUCAAUACUCAAAUCAUGCUCAUUGGUACCACAAAACGUCAACUCCCGGUCAUCUCAUCAUUGCAUAGCUCUCCCGAUAGCAAUAGUCCGAUCCCCGAAGAUUCAUUCCUCUCCAAUAUCAGAACAGCACUGCUUCGCUGGCGUGAUCAUUGGCUCGCGCUCCGCAGUCAAGUCACAAAUGACGAAUGGAUUUCCAUGGGGUUCUACAAGAAUGGGUACAGUAUUUGGCUUGUCUCCCAGCUAUUAAUCACCAAUAAGGAUGCUAUCGACGUUCUCAUGAAGAUGGAAGUGGGCUGCGAGGAUAAAUUGGAGAAAUUGAAGAUCUUGCUCCAGGAUGAGCAAGAAUAG